UUCCAGAUCUAGGACACCGAUCUAACCUGCGCAGCCAUCCACGGUGUGAUAAAAAAGUAUCCGGCAGAAGGCAAAAACAAACAGCGAGCCGGGCGGGCAGACAACCGGAGUACAGUGAGGACCGCGACGGGGAACGAGUACAGUGGAUGAUCGGGAGGAUCUUUUUGGCCAAAGAGGGGGGACGUUCACUCACUCCAUCGCCACGCAAAGUGCUGACCUAUCUCACGGAUGCACGUUAGAAGACAAUCAGAGAAGCUCGGCCAGUCCACAGCGUCCAAUGGAUAUACCUGAAGACGCAGCAACGUCUUCUUCGCCCUCCCCGACAAGCUCCACAAUUUGCCUGCAGGACACCGCUCUCUAAGACAUGGAUCCGCGUUAACAUCUCCCACUCAACUCCCUGAAACACUAUGGUUAAAGUGUAUGCCGAGAUUAAUCUCUGUAACAUUAUCCGCCUCUCCAUCCACCGCCCAUCUUCCUCAGGAAGUCAACCGUCAAAACAACAAAGUGUCCCUCUCUCGGCUCUCUGGGGACCGUCUAUAUUUGUGAAGAGACACUGAGUGAAAGUUGCCGAUACAGUGUUCUCCUGCCAUUUAGGGAAUUUAUAAACCUGGAGGCGAGUUGUGUCAAGUUACCUGCACAUCUCCAUUUACAGAACAGCAAUAUGGUGGUAGGGAUGUCCACUGUUUUCUUAUGAUCACCGCUCCAUGCGCGUCACCUCUCCUCUGAGCUCCGUGGCCCCCUCACCCUGCGCCGGACCCCACUCCAGAUACCCCCCCAGCCUGCCAUGCUCCACCAGGCCGUGUUACUGCUGCUGCUGCACUGCUUGGCCUCCACUCUGGGCCAGUACGAACUGUGUAGGUCCCUGGUAAGCACGGAUGAGGGCUCGGUGUGGGAGCAUUACGCAUGCCAGCCGAAACCCGCGUCCAUGAAAGACUACAUGCGGAUCAAGGUGGAUCCGCCCGGAAUCACAUGUGGAAACCCACCGGAGAGGUUCUGCACUCUGGAGAACCCAUACCUGUGCAGUGACGAGUGUGACGCCUCUAACCCAGACUUGGCUCACCCUCCUCAGCUGAUGCAGGACCGUGAACGCAACGGCCUAAUCACAUACUGGCAGACAGUCACAUGGAGACGCCACCCAGAACCCCUGCUGGCCAACAUCACUAUGUCUUGGAACAAGAGUCUGGAGCUCACAGACGACAUCCUGAUAACCUUUGAGUAUGGUCGUCCUACUGUCAUGGUACUGGACAAAUCCAUGGACCAUGGACGCUCCUGGCAGCCCUACCAGUUCUAUGCUGACGACUGCCUGGACGCCUUCAACAUACCGCCCAAACGAGUGCGUGACCUUUCACCGGCCAACAUCACACGGGUCAUCUGCACUGAGCAGUACUCGCGCUGGGUCGGUUCCAAGAACGACAAGAAUGUGAAGUUUGAGGUGCGAGCGCGCUUUGCAGUGUUUGCCGGAUCCCGGCUACAGAACAUGGACAGUCUGUAUACUCGCAUGGAAAGUAUGAAGGGACUGAGAGACUUCUUCACCUUCACCAACCUUAGGUUGAGGCUUCUCAAGCCCGCCCUCGGAGGCACCUACGUCCAGAGAGACAACCUGCUCAAGUACUUCUAUGCCAUCUCAAACAUCGAGGUACCUGCCAGGUGUAAGUGUAACCUCCAUGCCUCCCAGUGCCUGCUACAGGAUGGGUAUCUCCAGUGCCAGUGUGAACACAACACCACGGGCCAGGACUGCCAGCGCUGCAGGAAGGGCUUCAAAGCCAAGUCCUGGAAGGCUGGUUCCUACCUGCCAACACCCAAUGGAACCCCUAACACCUGUACAAUUGCUGGUUCCCCCUCCGGUUCUAACUGUGAGUGCUACGGCCACUCCAACCGCUGCAGCUACAUCGACUACCUGAACAUCGUCACAUGCGUCAGCUGCAAGCACAACACCAGGGGCCAGAACUGCCAACACUGCAGACUGGGAUACUUCCGCAACGCCUCUGCUGAACUGGAUGAUGAGAGCGUCUGCAUCGAGUGUAACUGCAACCAGAUGGGUUCUGUUCAUGACCGGUGUAACAGUACAGGAUCCUGCCAGUGUAAAGAUGGUGCCACGGGGGCCAAGUGUGACGACUGUCUGCCAGGCUACUAUUGGAAACAAGGCUGUUACCCCAACGUUUGUGAUGAAGAGAUGCUCCUUUGCCAGAACGGAGGAACGUGCUACCAGAACCAGAAGUGCAUCUGUCCUCCAGAGUUUAAGGGGUUACUGUGCCAACAGUCCCGCUGCGAGGCGGGCAAGGACUGCAACGCCGCCUCUUCGCCGCACCUCUCCAUGGCCACCCUGCUGCUCUGCACUCUGCUAGCCCACAUGCUGGCCACGUUAACUCCCCACUGAGCCACAAACCCCGUCCCCCUCAGACCAAGGAGCGUGUGUAUAUGUGUGUGUAUGUGAGGUGAGGGGAGACCCAGAGUAGGUAGGGCCGUCCCAGUCAUGGACCCGUUCAAGUCACACCGCAGCACUCGCAAAAGAGGACAUACUCUCACAACACUUAACUAUCCCCUGUCUCCUGUCAGACACACACACAUACACACACACACACACAUAUACACAACACACAUCACAGGACUGUUAUAAUACUGAGUGUGUGCUCAGGUGUGAGAAGAAGGACAAACAGAGAAAGAAGGGGAGUGACCUCAGAGAAAAGAGAUGCAGACAAAGGGGAAAAAAAAAAAUCAUACCAACCACUGUUCCCUUUAUUCCUGAGCUGGAGCAAUGUGCAUCAAACCAAAAAGCAUAAGCAAAACACUUAAAUCACCACUGUUUCACUUCAAAGGGAAUGGCUGUUGUAACCACAAGGACCUUUUUUUUCUUGUUUUCUUUUUCUUGGUUGAGUUAAGGAUCUCACCUCCAUUAGACUGAUGGCCAGUGUGUGUGUGUGUGGUCAGACUCGGUGAGAGGACGAGACACGUUGACACGACAAACAGGUCGGGAGGCGAGGUGUGCAUUUGAUCCUGCUGCUGAGGCCUACGUAGUAUAUUAACCAGGUUUCAUUUCUUCUCAAAAGAUGAGACUUGAUUUUACAUUUAUUCUAUUUCUGCUGCAUUUUU